CUUCUCGAGAGAAAUCCUCCAACGCGGCACAGAGCCUCAUUCAUCUCCAUUCGAAACACCCUCGCACCCACACUCUCCCUUCGUCCCCAGCCUAAAUCCCCGCAACGAUGGCUCGCACGAAGCAGACGGCGCGCAAGUCCACGGGCGGCAAGGCCCCGAGGAAGCAGCUGGCGACCAAGGCGGCGCGCAAGUCGGCCCCUGCGACCGGCGGCGUGAAGAAGCCGCACCGCUUCCGCCCGGGCACCGUGGCGCUGCGCGAGAUCCGCAAGUACCAGAAGAGCACGGAGCUGCUCAUCCGCAAGCUGCCCUUCCAGCGCCUGGUCCGCGAGAUCGCGCAGGACUUCAAGACCGACCUCCGCUUCCAGUCCUCCGCCGUCGCCGCGCUGCAGGAGGCCGCCGAGGCUUACCUCGUCGGCCUGUUCGAGGACACCAACCUCUGCGCCAUCCACGCCAAGCGCGUCACCAUCAUGCCCAAGGACAUCCAGCUCGCCCGCCGCAUCCGCGGGGAGCGCGCCUAGGCGGCCGGCCGGCCGGAUAGGCCGUGGCGCAGUCUCUUCUCGGAAGUUUGUACUAGUGGUCGGGUCGUGUGGAGGGAGUGGUGUACUAAUCAGCAAUGUCUCAAACCAUGUCAACCUCUUUGUUGUCAUCAAUGGAAAUCGCUACUUAUGUGUGCUAA